UCUUUAUUUUGUGGUGCAGAGGAUCAUGUUCAUUUAAGUCCUUACUUGUCCUACAUCAGUGGAGCAUUAGCAGGUUGUGCGGCUACUGUCGGAUCAUACCCGUUUGAUCUUCUAAGAACCUUGCUAGCUUCACAGGGGGAACCUAAGGUGUAUCCAACUAUGAGGUCUGCAUUUGUCGAUAUAGUUAAAACUCGUGGAUUUAGAGGAUUGUAUGCUGGAUUGUCACCAACACUGGUUGAGAUUGUUCCUUAUGCAGGCUUGCAAUUUGGUACCUAUGACACAUUUAAGCGCUGGACCAUGAUGUUGAACCAGUUUAGAUCGUCUAGUGCAGACUUAUACAGUACAGAUAAUAGUCUCACAAGCUUUCAGCUUUUCCUCUGUGGUCUUGCUGCUGGGACAUGUGCCAAUUUUGUCUGUCAUCCAUUUGAUGUGGUCAAGAAAAGAUUCCAGGUAGAUCUUUUGACAUCCUGAACUCUGUACUACUAUCAUUCAUCUGGAAUUAGUGCUGUACAGAGAUUUUUCGCUAAGAGUAUAAGGGAAGAAGAUUUGAUUUAAUAUGCUUUAUAUGUGAAUGAUAAUGCAAUGAAAAUAGAUAUAUAAAACUUCAUUUUUUUUGGGUUGUUGUAGAUUGAAGGACUACAGAGGCACCCAAGAUAUGGGGCUCGAGUAGAGCACGGUGCC